AUGGCCGAAGGACGAUUCUCCAUUGGCAAGGAGCUCAUCAAUGGCAACCCAAUUCUCAACUGUGGAGAAGAUGAGCAUCUUUAUCCUGCAGGGAGCUCCAUUGAUGGGAAUCCAAUGGUCAAGGAGAUGGACUUCUUUGCCGCCGACAACAAUUCUUCCAAGGAGAAAGUUUGUGCAGGUGAUGGGGUUGUGCAUGAUUUGGAACUUAACACUCGUCUAAAUCUUAGCACAAACACUAGUGGCGCCAAAUCAAAUGUGGAUGAUCAUCAUCAUGAGCGUGGAACAAUAUCAUACAACAUUAAUGGUAACAAGCGAAAAGUAAAUGAGUUGAUACAUGUGCAGGCAGAACUGAAGCAGAUGCAUGUGGAAAAUAAACGCUUAAGAGAUAUGCUUAAUCAGAUGAACAAUAACUACAAUGGCCUCAAAAUGCAUCUUGUCACACUGAUGCAGAUUCGAAACGCCAAAACCGAAAAAGAUCAUGAGAUGAUUAAUGCAGCAGUUGAGAAAAAUCAUGCUGUAGGAGAUAUUUUCAGUAGUAAAGAAAUUAUUCAGAUGGGUCUGGAUAAGAGUGAUGUCGCGAUCGGGGAUAUUAGUGCAACAACUGGGAGAGAGAGGAGCCCAGAUCACCAAGCAAUUGUUCAAGGGCGGGUUGCUAACAAAGUCCCUAAAUUUGGAACUUCCGGGGAUUUAGAUCAACACUCGGAAACGGUGUCGUCGUUGAUCAGAAAAGCUCGAGUAUCAGUUCGAGCCCGAUCAGAUGCAUACAUGAUUUCUGACGGGUGCCAUUGGAGAAAGUAUGGGCAGAAGAUGGCAAAAGGAAGCCCAUUUCCUCGAGCAUAUUAUCGUUGCACCAUGGGAUCUAGUUGUCCAGUUCGCAAACAAGUACAAAGGUGUGCAGAAGACCGGUCGAUUCUCAUAACCACUUACGAAGGUCGUCACAACCAUCCGCUUCCUCCGGCGGCGGAGCCAAUGGUAUCCACCACAUCGGCGGCCGCAUCGAUGCUGCUUUCAGGGCCAAUGCCUAGUGCAGAUCAUUUGUUGAUGAAUUCAUCAAACAAUAUCCUACCAAGAAAUAAUGCACUAAAUUUCGCAACACUUUCAACUUCCGCGCCAUUUCCUACUAUUACAUUGGACCUCACGCAAUCUCAUAAUUCCUCUGAUCAUCAGUUCCAAAGGGAAACACGAGGCCAAAUUAUUACAUUCCCACAAGUUUUUGGUCAAAGCCUUCACAACCAAUAUUCAAACUAUUUAGGCCUUCAUGGCUCUCAGGGAAUGGUUGCACCCAAUCGGAUGCAGAACGCGGACGCAGUCAGUUCGGCGACGGCUGCCAUCACAGCAAACCCCAACUUCACUGCUGCACUGGCGGCGGCUAUUGCCUCUAUCAUUGACAAUACUAUUACAAGAAACAGCAGUGACAACAAUGCGUGAAAAU